GGCUGUCCUACUGUAGCAGAUUAGCAGCAUAGAAAUGGAUCACUGAAAGAAUAACUUGAACACGUAGCAUAGGACAUUUUAUUACAAUCCCCUCUGUUGUCACCACUGAAAGCGUUUAUCUAUAUGGAAAUGUUCUCCAGAUAAUUUUGAAGAACCUACAACACCAAGUAACGUGGGGAUUACAUACCAGUGGGGGGCAUGUGGGCACAAAUGCUUGCCUCAGUCGGGGAGGACCAGUUCCGAAGGUCCAGCUGAAACUUGGGGACCAGGUCAACCCCACCUAGGCUCUGAAGAGUGGGGAGUCCAUCUGCAUCAUUCUCUUCCUGUGAUCCAUCCUAAAGAAUGGGCUUGCCCGUACCAGACGGGUCAGAGAAGGACGCCCAGGUGGAGCCCUGUAAGGGGGUGGUUGAUGCUGGAGAGGAGGGGGAGGGAUGGGGCAGUGACAGCCAGCCAGAGGCCCCCAGACCUCCAUCCAUAGAUGGCAAGAGGAAAAAGAAGAGGAAAAAAAGACUAUGGAUAAAUCUCACCAACUGCAAGUACGAGAGUGUCCGUCGGGCUGCCCAUAAGUACGGGCUAAGGGAGGCUGCAGAAGGAGAGGACUGGACCUUGUUCUGGACAGACUGCUCUGUCUCUCUGGACCGGGUCAUGGAAAUGAAACGAUACCAGAAGAUCAACCAUUUCCCGGGCAUGAGCGAGAUCUGCAGGAAGGACUUGCUGGCUCGCAACAUGAACCGCAUGCUGAAGCUUUUCCCUAAAGACUACAACAUCUUCCCCCGCACCUGGUGCCUCCCAGCUGAUUACAGCGACUUUCAAGCCUACACGCGAGCCAAAAAGUACAAGACGUACAUCUGCAAGCCGGAUUCUGGCUGCCAAGGCCGAGGUAUCUUCCUCACCAAGUCAAGCAAGGACAUCAAGCCAGGGGAGCACAUGAUCUGCCAGGUGUACAUCUCCCGGCCUUUCAUAAUCGACGGCUUCAAGUUUGACCUUAGGAUCUACGUUCUAGUGACGUCCUGCGACCCCUUCCGUAUCUUCCUGUAUAAAGAGGGCCUGGCUCGCUUCUGCACCACGCAUUACAAUGACCCCGUCGGCAGCAAUUUGGGUGAUGUUUGCAUGCAUCUGACCAACUAUGCCAUCAACAAACACAGUGAAAACUUUGUACGUGAUGAUGACACAGGUAGCAAGAGGAAACUGUCCACCUUCAACAAGCACCUGGAAUCCAUGUGCUACAACACAGAGAAGAUGUGGCUGGACAUCGAGGACGUGAUCAUAAAGACUCUGAUCUCUGCCCACCCCAUCCUCAAGCACAACUACCACACCUGCUUCCCAAACCACGCCGCAGGCAGCGCCUGCUUUGAGAUCCUGGGCUUCGACGUGCUGCUGGACCACAGGCUGAAACCAUGGCUGCUAGAAGUCAACCACUCCCCUAGCUUCACCACUGACUCUCGGCUCGACCGGGAGGUGAAGGACGGGCUCCUGUACGACACCCUGGUGCUCAUUAACCUGUGCGCCUGCGACCGCCGCAAGAUCACAGAGGAGGAGAAACGCCGCGUCAAGGAGAGACUGCAGCAGAAUCGCUCCAGAGAGGCCAGGAGUGAGGAGCUGCGUCAGUCGCAUGCGGCCAGCGUGGAGCAGAUGGAGAGGUACGAGGCCAAACACAUGGGGGGCUUCCGGCGCAUCUUCCCCCGCGAGGGAGACGAGAAGUAUGAGAAAUACUUCAAGCACAGCAGCUCGCUCUUCCAGGAGACAGCUGCCUCCAAGGCCAGGGAGGAGUGUGCCAGGCAGCAGCUGCAGGAGCUGCGUCUGAAGCGGGAGCAGAAAGAGCAUGAUCAGAAGACGGGCCGCAGGAAGGAGCUCCAGGGAGAGUCGGCUGGGGAGAAAGCCAAGCCCCACAAACUCCACGCUCGCCUCUCCCAUUCCAACCCCAACUCACAGCAGCUCAACCUUCUGACGAUCCCCCCUCUCCCUCCCCCUGGGGGCAGGUCAUCCUCUCAGCUGGACCUAUCAGAUGAGGAGGAGGUGGAACGCUUCAGUGGCCUGCGCCAACGGGAGAGCCUGCUCAGGGACCUGGGCGUGGUCGACCAAGUGUACCAGCUCCUCCAGGGAUCCAGGCCUCCGCCUCCGCCCUGUCUGGUGGAGCAUCCCCAAAAGCCCCACUAUCACGACCACAAGUCCAGCAAGCUGGCGGAGUUCCUGCAGCGUCAGAAGCAGCCGUGUGCGCUGAUAGAGCGGCCGGUGGUGCCGGGGGCCAAGCCCUGCCUGCAAUACAUCCCCUCACAGCUCAUCCAGCAGCAGCAGCCGCUGCCGGCGCACUGGCCCUGGACCCCGUUGAACCGCGGCGGGUUGCACGUGGGGUCUCUGCACAGCGACCCCCCCUUCCUGCAGCACUGCGGCCCAGAGGAGGACGCAGGGCUGGGGGAGCUCUGCUUCGCGGGAGACCCCAAGAGGUCCAACAGCACACAGCGCAUGCCGUGGACUAUCACAGCUCGGCAGGGCAGUAUGAGCUCCUCGUUCACCGAGGUACGGGCCCGGACGGCCGCCGCCUCCCAACUGGCCAUGGGUCGGAUGCCCUGCGCCGCGCUGACCCGCUCCGACUCCCGAGCCCUGCAGGACCUCUUCAUCAUCUCCACGCCUGCCCCCCUGGUCCCCCGGCCCGACCUCUCGCACAGCCUCCGCCGCCGCCGCCGCCGCAAAGUCCCCCAACAUCAGCAGGAGCGCUAACACCACGCACACCCCACACACACACACAAACACACACACAUAUACAUAACACCAGGAGGAGUGUGGGACGAAGCAAAGGGACAUAUUCUGCCAAGAGAGAGCUGAAAGUCACCCUGAAGAAAGAGUCUCUGCUCUCUCAUCGUGUUCUGGUAAUACUCAGCAGAUAUUGUUCUAACGUAAUGUAACACAAAAUUUAUUUUUACUCUUUCAAUAAGCUGUGGUGAGAUUUUUUUUUUACUAAAAAAUGAACUAAUGCACAUAAAUGCAUUUGCACACGUAAGAAAAUGGGCCUUAUUACUUCUUCAGUUCACUGAGGAGUUUUUUUUUAUUUAUGUGAAUUUCACUUGAGUCUACCGAGGGGCAGCCUGAAUGUGAAUUGCCCUCAGACCAGCCUUUUGUGUGUGCUUUCUCUCUUACUCGCUGUGCACAAACAUCCUUCAAAGCAUAUUACCUCACUUGGAGCCACUGGCAAUAAACCACUCAAAUAAAUCUCAUGAAUGUA